AUGCAACAGCAAUUACUUUUCGCUCCCAAAGACGCUCAUGCAGCAUCUGGUGCGAUCUUUGUCGACUCGACGUGGUUUAUGCCAGGUACUCCACGGUCUGCAUAUGAGGAAUGGAAGCAACGUAGGAUCCCCGGGGCAAGGUUCCUCGAUCUAGACACCGUCGCCUCACAGCACCCGCUCGGACUAAAGCAUAUGAUGCCCAGUGGCGAAGUAUUCGCCAAAGCUUGCGAGGAAAUGGGUAUCGAACCCAGCUCACAAGUAAUUCUUUACGACACCCACGGCGUAUUCUCCUCUCCACGCGCACUGUACAUGUUCAAGAGCUUCGGCCACGAAAAAGCAGGCAUCCUGGAUGGUGGGCUGCCUCGCUGGGAAGCCGAAGGUCUGCCUAUCGAAACGGCCGAACCGAGCGCCAAGGUCCAGUCUACGAAGUAUACCAUACCCAAGCUGAACGAAUCCGCGGUCCGAUCAUACGAGCAAAUCGUGGCCAACGCCAAGCUCGAUCCUUCCUCUGCACCCGCUGCGGAACUCGUUUUGGAUGCACGGCCUUAUGGAAGAUUCACGGGCGAACAGCCCGAACCACGCCCAGGUCUAUCGUCAGGCCAUAUACCGCAUGCGCACUCGCUCCCAUUUAGCACCCUGCUCGAAAAACACGAAUCAGGAAAGGGCUAUACGACCGUCUUGCCGCGCGAUCAGCUGAAAGCAGUAUUCGACAAGGCGGUCGGGGACAACGGCCGCGGUCGAUCGAUUGUUGCGAGUUGUGGUUCGGGUAUGACCGCGGGUACGAUUUGGUUGGCUGGUCAAUUGCUGGAUACGCCUGUCGCCAUCUAUGACGAGUCUUGGACAGGAUACGCAAUGCGUCCCGAGAGCGUCAUCGUCAAGGGCGACAAAUGA